CAAACUCUUUGAAGUGGCGAAAGUAACUUUGACAUUUAAUUAUUGGAAUUUAAAUAAUCCGUUCUUUCUUUACAAGAAUAUGUGUUAUUGGUCCAUUAUACAACUUUUGAGCAUAGUAACUAUUGUAAAAGAUAUUGGUUCUCAUUUUGCUGCUGAUGUUGGAUAUACAUUGGUUUAUCACCAGGAACAACGAAAUUAUCAGACAGCCAGCGAUAUUUGUAGAAGUCAUGGUGGAACGCUUCCUAUUAUCAAAAAUUAUAUUAUUCCUGAAAUCCUUGCUGAUAUUCCUUCUUUAAGAAAUAUAUCCGUGUGGAUUGGUUUGUCCCACGUAAAUAACACAUGGGUGUGGGAUGAUGGUACAGAACUAACGUCAUCACCAUGGAAAAGAGCGCCACCAUUUAAUAGGUGUAUGUCUGCAAGACUAACAAUGGACGCAAUUCUGGAACCGAGGCCUUGUGACAAUAAGUUACCGUUCUUUUGUCAAUAUAAAACAGGUAGCUGUUACUUCAGAAUCUAUAACCAAGCAAGUAUUGUUGGACAUAACAAAUUCAGCUUAACCAGAACGAGUCUAGAGAGAUGUAAAGACGUAUGCGGUCAUGUGACAGAAUUUGAGUGCUGGUCAUUUGAAUAUAGUACAAUAAACAAAUUUUGUCAACUCAACGAUGUAAAUCGAUGGACAGCAUCGGAGAGCUUUGUAUAUUUUGACAGAAGCUGGGACUAUUAUCAUAAGACGUGUUAUACCUCGACUAUAUUAUCCGAGGAUUCAGAGCAAACAACUUAUAUGGCAUAUCGCAGUUCUACAAUGAGCACACCUACGAAUACACCAACAGGUGGCUAUGAAGCCGACUUGUCCUUAUUAGAACCAAGACGAUAUGUAUUACAAAACAUAAGUUUGUCAUGGUCUCAGGCUGAGAAGUAUUGUGAAGAUAAAGGAGGUCAUCUGGCUAAAUUAGAUGGUCCAUCGAAUAUACCAGAAACAGGAUAUCAAAGCAUGGUAAACAUAGAUGAAUUGUUUUGGAUUGGCUUAAAGCGGACAGAAAACAUUGGAUGGCGUUGGUAUAAUAAUACUGAUUUGGAAUGGGCAAAUUUCAAGUAUAAGCCUAAUGAAUUUGACUUUAUAAAAGCAUGCGGUGCUGUGUCAUUGUCAAGUGGUUGGUGGUAUAAUGAAGUUUGCGAAGAAAAGAAAAGAUUUCUUUGUCAGUAUCCUAAAGAAUCAUGUGAAUUUAUCAGAACUGCUAAUGCAAGUAUCAUGGCAUAUAAUGAAGAAAUAUAUGACAAUGUAUCCGCAAGUUAUUGCCAAAAGAAGUGCAUUUCUGCCAAAUUUUGUAUCUCAUUUGAGUACAAUACCAAUAGUAGGGCAUGCCAAAUAAGUCACGAAAAUAGAUGGACGGUUCGACAGUAUUACCAUACCAAUUCUGUAAAUUGGAAUUAUUUUCAUAGACGUUGUAGUUUUGGAUACGAUACGGCAAAAGAAACAACUACUUUUAUGUCUACCACCGAAUCCAUUACGACUACAUUUGUUGGUUCAACAAGUCUAAGUGAAAGCAGCACGUCCGAGGACAUACUGACUACGAUAAACCCAACAGCGGAAAGUGAAAGACUGUUUCAAGAAAUUAAGAAAGACAUGAAAACAAUGACUGACAAAAUAAAAAAGAAACAAUUAAAAAAGAGUAAAACAAGUGCAGAAGACGACCGCCCUUCUGCAAAAGGUGUUGGAAUAGUAGCAGCAAUUAUUUUAAUUUCCAUAUUCGGAAGUGUAGUUUUGAUGGAUAUUUUGACACUAGGUGUACAAUGUAAACAGAUGUCAAAACGAGACGCACGGAAAAACAGGCGGUAUAUUAGUAAAAAUAAAUCACCAUUUCAUUCACAUAACAAUAACAAUAGGGAUCAUUCAGAAAGAAAAGAUAUAUCGUGUGAUCCUUCAGCCAAAAAAAGUAUCAAUACUGAAGCAGCUUCUUUAGAUUGUAUUGACAUUUCAGUAAUCGGCGAUAAAUUAGACAACCAGGAUGAGCAUGGUAAAUGUGUAUCUUUGCAUUGCACAAAGGUAGUAAAUAAUGAUAAACUCGCAGAAACAAACAAUUCCAACGAAAGACACUUCUGUAAUUUAGAAGUUCUUCCUGACAGUCAAAAUAUAACAAAUCAAACCGUUUCAAAUCAUGUUAGAACAGAUAGUUGCACUAGUGAUGACAAAUCAAAAAUGACUUUAAAUCAUAUAUCUUCCAGAGAUUUAAAUAUAAAAGUCAAAAAAGAAGACAUUGUGACUAAAUCUUCAAAAACGUCAGUUAUGUUAAAAAUUGAUGUACCUAUAAUGAAAACUAACUUAGAACAAGAAAUUACUACAUGCGAAUCAAACGUGUUAAACACAAAAGCAAAUAAAAUCGAAAAUAGUAUCGUAGACCCUAUUGAAAAUAAAAAUAAAAUUAGUACAUGCUUAUAAUGUAUAUAUGUAAAUACUAUAUCAAUUCGUAUGCAAAUGAAAAAUGGAAAUGUUUUAAUUUUUAUUUGAUACAUAAACCAAAGCCAGGACAAUCGUGUCUUCACAUUUUAUUCCCAUCAUUACUGUUAUAGGAAGUUUUGAUUGAUAUCACUUUGUCUUUUGUUUCAGUCCUGUAAACGAUAGCUUGAUUGGAUGAUAGGUAUCUCCUAUUUUUACAUAAUCUGGGUAUCCAAUGUUAAUGGUCAGUCCAAAAUCUAUUGGUGUAUUGGAUA